UGCAGCCAGAGUGGAAUUACGCAAGGGAAGGUUGACUGAAAUAUUUUUAGCCAAGUUUUGAGUUUUUCCGAAUGUGUGGAAUUUUCUAGGUUACUGUAAAUAAAACCUUAGAAUCUUGCCCACGUACACUUUGCUGCGUUAUCUGCUGUAAAAGAUGUCAUUAAAUGAGUUUCCUGAUGAGGUCCUUGAACAUAUAUUUUCUUUCCUUAAUGUUUAUGACAGACUUACAGCUAGUCUUGUUAGUAAACGAUGGCUUCACUUAACAGAUAGAAGACAUCUUCUUGAGGAUAUAUAUGUUGUAUUUCAAGACAAUGCUAAAGAUGGAGAUGACGUUUUCAAUUCCAUGAGUCGCAAAUUUUUAUGCUUUAAAUUUAUCAGACAUGAAAUUGAUGCACAAUAUAUAGAGUUUUUAAAAAAGUAUAUUACACAGAUUCAUUCUUUAUUAUUUUUUAGUUGUGUUCUAGAUAGGAAAGCAUUAGAAUCUUCUGGUAAGUUAGAUAGUUUUUCAAAUUUAAAAUGUCUCAAAAUUAUAGGAUGUGAUAUGUUUGACCUCUUUUCUUUUUCAUUUCCAAACCUUAGAGAACUGUAUGUUGACUCAGGUGCUAAUCUAACAGAUAAAAUAAUACAAGAUUUGGGAAACACUAUGCCAAAUCUGAAAGUUUUAUCAUUGGCUUGCCAGAUUACACAUCAGCCACCAAUACUCAAGCGAUUUUAUCCCAGUGGAACUACAGUUGAAAAAAAUCCUUCUGAAAUGAUUCUUUCUUUUUCAGCAGUUCAGUUAUUUAUAUCAAAACGAGCUGAAACAUUAACAGCUCUGGAUCUGAAAAAAACUAUUUUACUGUCUUCCUCAGCAUUUAUACACUUGUCCAAAAUAGAUAACUUAAAGCUUCAAGAUGUAACAUUUGCUUGUGCGCUGAAAUGCAUUGAUAGUUUAGCAAAAUUCUGUGAAAAUCAACCUUACUUAAAAUCUAUUAAUUUAGAUUGUGUAUAUACAUUAAGGGAUGAGAAUUUAAAAUCAGUGUGCUUGCUGCUCCCAAAUCUUAGGAAAAUUAGUAUAAAGCAUUGUAAGUACAUUAACGAUUCUUUAAAAUAUAUCUUUCAGUUAAAAAGGUUGCAAAGGUUGGAUAUUUCAGGUUGUUGUAUCACCCAAUCUACUUUUACUGAAGCUAUUCGGGAAUCCCAGUUAACUAAUUUAAGAGCUCUUAGUGCAAGUAACUGCCAGAUAACAGAUAUCAUAGCAAUUGAGUUAGUGCAAAAAACUCCAUACCUUGAAUAUCUUAAUUUAAGUGGCUGUGAUAUAGGAAAUGAAACUCUGAAAACAGUAUCUAAUUUUUUAAUCCAUCUUAAGUAUUUAAAUUUGAAAAAUUGUAUGAUAUCUGAUGAAGGAUUAUUAGGAAAAAUUCAGCAAAGCUCUACGACUUAUAACAACAGAGAUGAAAAUAUGAGCAAACUGUUGUCAAAUAUUAAAGGCCUUGAAGAGCUGAAUUUGAGUGGAUGUUAUAAAAUAACUGAUGCAAGUGUUACUCAAGCAAUACAAUUCCAGUAUUUACAGGUAUUAAAUUUGGAAGGAUGUGAAAAGAUAUCUGAUAGUGCAAUGGUUCCUAUACUGCAAAAAAAUCCAUGCUUAAGAGAAGUGAUUCGUACUAAUUGUAUUUUGGAAGCAUUGGAGUACAGAAUGAGAGACUUAGUGACUUACUUCACUUUUCUUCUUCUUAAAUAUUGGAGAUAUCAACUUUCAGAAAACUGUUCUACAGAAUUUUGUACCUUGAAAACUAAAUUAUCUGAUAAUUAUAUUAAAGAAUGUUUUACAGUUUAUAAUUAGAUUUUUAAGUUGAUUGUAUUUCAUAAUGAGUGUGAUACCAGUAUACUGUUAUGAUUAAUAGAGAUUGGCUUAAUAAUGUGUUAUAAAAUAUUUGAAUUAGCAAAUAAAAGAUAUUUUAAUUCGUCAAAAGAUUUUAGUUAUAACUUUACUUAUGUUUUUACACAGAAGCAAAAGUAAUUUAAAAAUUAUUUCGGUAAAAUUUGCUGUUGAAAGUUUUUAUUACAACUAAAUAAAGCUGGCAAUUAUUUUGACUGUUGGGCUGCAUGCACUUUCGUAGAACUGGCUACCAGUAUACACUAAUUGGAAAUAUAAGCUUUUCCCUCUUACCAGCAGAAAUUUAAUAAUUCAGCUUGCACAAGAAAAUAAAUCAUUGCAUAGAACUUUUUACUGUAUAAACAGAAUACACAUUUAUUUUUAAUACAUUUACAUUAUACCAAAAAUUAUAAUCUCUAGGUAAAAAGGUUUGCCCUUAGCUGACUGUGUGUGUCUAUAAUAGAGAAUUGUUUCUUGAAUUAGAAUUUAUGAUAUAUUUCUCAUAAAGUACUUUGAAGUAAUUUUUAAAAAAUUUUUAUUUGGCACAAGUUAAAAAAGUUGUUCCAUACCAUAAUCUAAUAAUAAGAUUCAUAACCUUGAAGUGCUGAUAUAGUGGUAUGUUUAAAGCAAUUUUAUAUUAUUCCAAUAUUGUAUAUUUAUUUAAACACAUUUAAAAAUAAUAAAAAUAUAUAACUGUUAGAAACCAAUAUUCAGGUGACUUCUGCAUCAAAGAGCAAUAAGCUUUCACUACCUAAGAAUUAUAUCACAAAGCAUAACAUGUUGAAUGCAUUUUACUUGGACUGUAAAAUGUAAAAGAGUAAGAGUAGCCAGUGCAGUAAUUAUAAAAUCUUAACUAUAUAUUCUGUUCCUUGAAUAUUUAUGUGCGAAUUUUAUUAUUCAGCCAACAUGUAAUCAUUUUGCAAUUUUUUUAAAGAUGCCUUUAAAAAUUACAUAAAAUAGCUUACGUUCCACACUAUUGAUGCAAAUAUAAUCUGCCUGCAUACAAUUUCAUUACCACUUUGCAAGUAGCUGUCAAAGUGCUAUUCCCAACAACAACAAAAAAGGCGUUUUCCAGGUUUUAUAUUAUGCUUCAAAGAGGCAUUUAUUGCCUCUUUUGUGUUUUAACGUUUUGUGUGUUACCUUUAUUUAUUAAAUAUCAUGUUCUUCACACUUAAACCAUAAAAUUCAAUUCACUAGCAGUAUCACAAAAUAUUUAAAAACAGCAUACCUUCAGAAUUUCCGAUACAGUUUUGUAUGCUGGACAUAAAAAUGCCCCCCCUACAGCAUAGCCAUUGCUCACUUUGAAAUUGUUGAGUUUAUUAAUCAAAACUUCUUUAAAGUUUUACAAAAUCUGAAAUAAAUAAUAAAAAAAAUUCCAAAUUCAGGCUUCUAGAUGCCCAUAUUUGAGUUGAGGACUAUGUUACUCAAAAUUUUUUGUCUCUAUGCACCAUAGUUAUUCACAGUGCCAGAAACAUGCACACAUUUAUGCAGAUUUUUCAUUAUUUAAUUUCUUUAAAUAUAAUGCAGGGAGAUAAUAUUUGGUGGCAACAAUUUGAAAAGUGAAACAGACAUUUAACAUUUACGACGCAAAAUGCCAAAUCGAAAUUAAUAACCCUUCCGGGCUAACGCCCUUUGGUCUAAAAAUUCAAUUAAUUCAGCACCUCUCAAAAAUGUUGUAAUGUAUUCCUUAUACUUUUUUUUAUUUAUUCACAUAAACGGAGUACAACCUAUGGAAAAAACUUCCUAAUAAUCAAUUGCAAAUGCGUAAAAAUAGAAUGAGAAUUGAAGAAAUUAAAA